AUGCCAACUAGCCAACUCAUGCCAACCACCCACCCCACACGUGCCUCGCCCACUCACUCGACCUUGCUGAUUAGCUUGCGGAGGGGGCAGUGCACUCUGGUGGUGAGCAACAACCAGUAGCGUGAUGUUUUUCCCUCCUGUGAGCUUUGGUCUCGUGGAGGAGGGUCUCUACCGGUCCGCAUUACCCAACGAAAUCAACUACCCGUUCCUCGAGCGGCUAGGUCUCAAGACCAUCAUCUACCUAUACCCGGACGACGAUAUCGAUGCACAGCUGGUGAGUUUUCUGGAGGACCAAGACGUGACUCUGGUAUCCCUAGGAGAACACGACGACAAGCGCAACAAGAGUUGGGCACCUGUUGGAGAGGAGAUCGUGUUGGCGGCCCUCGAACGCAUUGUGGACUCUGUUCAUUAUCCAGUUCUUGUAACGUGCAACACUGGCAAGCACAGGACGGGAACGGUGGUGGCGUGCCUUCGGAAACUUCAGCGAUGGAAUUUGACAUCAAUCUUUGAAGAGUACCGUCGGUUCACCAAACACAAGGUCAGAGUACAGAAUGAACAAUUUAUCGAGCUUUUCGACACGGAUCUGGUGCACCUGCCACCGGAGGCUCCACGAUUUGUAAAAUGAAGCGGCCAGGGAGCUUGAUGGGGUGCACCAACACCAGCACCCACGAUCGAGAGAACCUUCAAGGUGUUUCUAGGCUGACCGUCGUUGUACGGUUCUGGGCAGCAAUUCGGUGGGGUUUUUCGAAGCCCCUCGGUAACCGGACGCAGUGGAGAGUCGAGACCUGUUCUAGUCGUCGCAGGAAACGAUUAUAGAAGAGCAUAGUUUUCCAGCAAUAUGCUUGGCUCGUACGUUUGGGCCUUGAUAGGCAUGUCAUAAGGUGUCGAAUGCGUUGACGAUCGAUACCAGUCUCUGCAUGCGCCAGCUAAGAGGAACCAGGAAAAUAGGGAGAUACCAUGAUACCAUGGUUUCGCAAGAAUGCAACCUAGAGUGUUUCCUUCCAGCAUUGGGGAAACAACAGGUGACCCCCGCACAUGUUGUGUAUACCGCACAUGCUGACAGGCUCCAGGGGAUCGGCAAAGCGCGCAACAGCGAAAACAACAGAC